AUGAAUCCCAGUAUAAACGUUCCGAUUACACCUGACCCAUUAAUUGUUAAUCAAGCUAAUAUUGGAAUCAUUAAAAAGACAUGGACUUCGCUUAAUCUUCAAACAUUUCAAGAUGAACUUUGUAAGAAUCUCUUCAAAUUACUGAGAGAUACUGAGAUAUUACCAUGGGAACAUGAAAUUAUUUCCGAAGAAUUCCAAGUGCUGCAAUUAAUUCAUUUAUUUGCAUUUACAGUUCAAUUACUUCAUGAACUUCAUCAUGCUAAAAAUCAAAAUUUAUACGUUCAGAUGUUGAUUCAAGUUAGUAAGAUAAAUUCAAGAAUUUAUAAUAUAGACAGAGAUAAGUAUUCUAUAUUUGGGGAAUGUAUGAUGGAAACAAUGCUUCAUAAUCUUGGAAGAGAUCGAUUUUCAAGUGAGAUUGAAGUGAUAUGGUCUGGGUUAUAUUCUGAUGUUAUAACCCUUAUUUUGCAACAUGGUGAAGAACCUCAUAUGAAAUUUAAAGGGGAAUCCGAUGAAGUGGAGAGUAAUCUUAACAACAACAAUAACAACACCUAUUUAAUAGCACGUAAUUGGCAGCGAAGUACAAGUGAAGUGUCGACGACUACAUCACAACUUUCGUUGGCCAAUGAUGAUGUUUCUUCAGUGGCAAGCAUACGAACUGAUAUCACUACUUCCAAGGAAUGUAGUAGUGCUUCUGAGAAUUCUUCAUCAACCAUACAAAAUAAUGGGGGUUACCAUUUCGAAGAUCAUCAUAAGAAUUCAAUAGAAGAAGAGGACGAAGAAGAAGAACAAGUGAUGGAUGAUGAUGAUGAUGAUGAUGAUGAUGAUGAUGAUGAUGAUGAUGAUGAUGAUGAUGAAGACGCUUACAUGUUCUUAAACUCAUUUGCUGAGCAACCCAAAAGAAAAGUUACUGAAGCUCCAUGGAAGAAAAUGAGAGGAGUAUCAUCUAGAAACUCUAUUUCUACUCCAAUUGAAACAAAUUCAAAUAAAAGAAGAAUGUCAAUGACAUUGUUAAGACCAAAACUUGAUUUACAACAAAUCAAUUCACGCACAACAAUGGCUAGUCAAAUGACUACUGGUACUACCAAGACUAGACUGGAUGAGAAUUGUGUUAUUGCUUAA